AGAAGUAGAAGAAGAAGAAGUAGGAGGCUUACUCCUGAAAGAGCUCAUUGUAGGGAGGGUAUGGGAGUGUGUGCAGCCGCGGUGUGUGUGUCCUGAGUGUGUGUGUGUGAAGCCCCCUCCCCUCCUCAAACGAGCCGGUCAGCAGCGGAGGGAUUAGAGGAGGCAGCUCCGCACACUACAACUCACAGGCGGACGGAGGGGGGAGACUGCAACAAGCGUGUGAAUCAUGCCCGUCGUCAUUACUACCGACUGGGAGUGGAGCCGAAAUUGUGCAAGAUACGGAUAACAGCGAGGAAGAAGAAGAAGAAGAAGAAGAAGAGUGGGGAUAUCGAGUCAAGUUUCCAGGUCCGCCGUUAAAAUGCCUCAUAACACCCAGGGGCUCCUCUACUGCUUCUCCUCCACCUCCUCCUGCUCCUGCUCCUGCUGCUGCUGUUGGGACCCGUCGCAUUAUGCUGCCUCCCUCACACGCGCUUUAUGUUGAAGAAGAAGAAAAAGAAGAAGAAGAAGUGAGCAGGAGAGAAGCUGUUCAGGCGCAAGUGAGCGAGAAAAGAUAAAAGAAACCAAAGGGGGAUAUUUGUUUUGUUUUGUUUUGUUUUGUUUUUUAUCGCCGUGCGGAGAAUUUAUUUUUUAAGUGGGAAAAGAGAGGAGAGUGACGGAGGAGAGGAGAGAGGAAAGGUGGGGGUGAAAAGUUGUUGGUCAACGAGGAAACAUGGGGAACGCGGGGAGCAUGGACCAGCACACUGAUUUCAGAGGACACAACAUGCCUCUGAAACUGCCCAUGCCUGACCCAGGUGAACUGGAGGAAAGAUUUGCAACCGUGCUGAACUCGAUGAAUCUUCCUCCGGACAAAGCACGUCUGUUGCGGCAGUAUGACAACGAGAAGAAGUGGGAACUCAUCUGUGAUCAGGAACGAUUCCAAGUGAAAAACCCGCCUCACACGUACCUCCAGAAGCUGAGGAGUUAUCUAGACCCAGCAGUCACAAGAAAGAAAUUCAGACGGAGGGUUCAGGAGUCCACCCAAGUCCUGAGAGAACUGGAAAUUUCGUUACGGACCAAUCAUAUAGGGUGGGUGAGAGAGUUCUUGAAUGAAGACAACAAAGGCCUGGAUGUGCUGGUGGAGUAUCUUUCUUUUGCACAGUAUGCCGUCACGUUUGAUGGAGACUCUCUGGAGAACAACCCUGAGGCUGUGAUGGAUAAGUCUAAACCCUGGAGCCGCUCUAUAGAAGACCUACAUGGAGGAAGCACCCUGCCAUCACCCAUCACUGGGAAUGGCAUCACACGUGCUGGGCGACAUUCCACGUUACGUUGCAACACGCUGCCGAGUCGGAGAACUCUGAAAAACUCAAGGCUGGUCUGCAAGAAAGACGACGUCCACGUCUGCAUCAUGUGCCUGCGCGCUAUCAUGAACUACCAGUAUGGCUUCAACAUGGUCAUGUCACACCCACAUGCUGUGAAUGAAAUUGCACUAAGUCUCAACAAUAAAAACCCAAGAACGAAAGCUCUCGUCCUGGAGCUCCUGGCGGCAGUUUGUCUCGUGAGGGGAGGCCACGAAAUUAUUCUCUCCGCGUUCGACAACUUUAAGGAGGUGUGUGUGGAGACGCAGCGGUUCGAAAAGCUAAUGGAGUAUUUCAAGAACGAGGACAACAACAUCGACUUUAUGGUGGCCUGUAUGCAGUUCAUCAACAUAGUCGUGCACUCAGUGGAGGACAUGAACUUCAGAGUUCAUCUACAGUUCGACUUCACCAAGCUGUGUCUGGACGACUACUUAGACAAACUAAAGCACACAGAGAGUGAUAAGCUGCAGGUCCAGAUCCAGGCGUACUUGGAUAAUGUGUUUGAUGUUGGAGCCCUUCUGGAGGAUGCCGAGACCAAAAACGCUGCCCUGGAGCGCGUGGAGGAGCUGGAGGAGAACAUGUCGCAUAUGACGGAGAAGCUGCAGGACAUGGAGAACGAGGCCAUGUCCAAGAUCGUGGAGCUGGAGAAGCAGCUGAUGCAAAGGAACAAGGAUCUUGAAUCCAUCAGGGAAGUCUACAAAGACACCAGCACGCAGGUCCACUCGCUGCGGCAGAUGUUGAAGGAGAAGGAUGAGGCCAUCCAGCGGCAGAGUAACCUAGAGAAGAAGAUCCAUGAACUGGAGAAACAAGGCACCAUCAAGAUCCACAAGAAAGGAGAUGGAGACAUCUCCAUCCUGCCCACGCCAUCCUCGGGUGUGGAGGGCUCGUCGGGGGUCAUGAUGGGAGGAAACGGUGUCGCUGUUGGUCCAAACCAUGUGGGAAUUGUUGCGGGCGCGCCUGCUCCACCGCCUCCACCACCACCUCCACUGCCAGUGAACGGCACAUUGUUGAACGGACCAUCAUCAGUCAUUCCUGCAGCACCAGCUCCGCCUCCUCCACCACCUCCCCCUCCACCACCACCUCCUCCCCCAGGGCCAGCCUCGGAGAUCUCAGCACCUCUGCCUCCUCCGCCUCCUCCUGUAGCCCCUCCUCUGCCUGGCUGUGGCACACCGACUGUCAUCAUGAACUCCGGGUUAGCGGAGGGACCCAUCAAACUUUUCUCUGUCAAGAUCAAGAAACCCAUCAAGACAAAGUUCCGUAUGCCCGUCUUCAACUGGGUCGCUCUGAAACCAAACCAGAUCAAUGGGACUGUCUUCAACGAGAUCGAUGAUGAGAGGAUACUCGAGGACCUGAACGUGGACGAGUUUGAGGAGAUGUUUAAGACGAAGGCCCAGGGACAGGCAAUUGACAUCACCAUGAACAAGCAGAAGGUCAUCCAGAAGGGGCCCAACAAGGUGACACUGCUGGACUCCAACAGAGCAAAGAACCUGGCAAUCACACUGAGGAAAGUGGGCAAGACUCCUGAAGAGAUCUGCAAGGCCAUUCAGAUCUUCGACUUACGGACUCUGCCGGUGGACUUUGUGGAGUGUCUGAUGCGCUUCCAGCCCACAGAGAAUGAGAUCAAAGUCAUGCGGCAGUUUGAGAAGGAGCGCAAGCCCAUUGAGAGCCUGACGGACGAAGACCGCUUCAUGAUGCAGUUCAGUAAAAUUGAGCGGCUCAUGCAGAAGAUGACCAUCAUGGCGUUCAUCGGCAACUUCUGCGAGAGUGUGCAGAUGCUCACGCCGCAACUUCAUGCCGUCAUUGCAGCAUCUGUGUCCAUCAAGUCGUCACAGAAGCUAAAGAAAAUCCUUGAGAUUAUCUUGGCGCUUGGAAACUACAUGAACAGCAGCAAAAGAGGAGCUGUGUACGGUUUCAAGCUGCAAAGUUUAGACUUGCUACUUGAUACCAAGUCGACGGACCGCAAGUUAACGCUUUUACACUACAUAGCCAAUGUGGUAAAGGAGAAAUAUGCCCAAGUUUCUCUCUUCUACAAUGAGCUGCACUACGUGGAGAAAGCUGCAGCAGUGUCGUUGGAGAAUGUCCUGUUGGACGUCAAGGAGCUGAACAGAGGCAUGGAGCUGACCAAACGAGAGUACAGCAUGCACGGACACAACACCAUGCUGAAAGACUUCAUUGCACACAAUGAGAGCAAGCUGAAGAAGCUGCAGGAUGAUGCCAAGAUUGCACAGGACGCCUUCGACGAGGCGGUGAAGUUCUUCGGGGAGAACUCCAAAACGACGCCACCCUCUGUCUUCUUCCCUGUGUUUGUGCGAUUUGUUAAAGCUUACAGGCAAGCGGAGGAGGACAAUGAGCAGAGAAAGAGACAGGAGCAGCUUCUGAUGGAGAAACUUCUGGAACAGGAGGCUAUGAUGGAGGAAGAUCAGAAGUCUCCAUCUCAUAAGAACAAGCGGCAGCAGCAAGAGCUGAUCCAAGAGCUCAGGAGGAAACAGGUGAAAGACAGCCGACACGUCUACGAGGGCAAAGACGGAGCCAUAGAGGACAUCAUCACGGCUCUAAAGAAGAAUAAUAUAACUAAAUUUCCCAAUGUCCACUCGAGGGUAAGGAACUCGUCCAGUAGCACCCCUGUAGUGGUGGAUGUGUCCCAAACCUGGCAAGCAUCUCUUUAUUACCUCCCUUCCUCUUUUACUGUCCUCUCCUUUAGGAUCAUCCUCCCUCUUCCUCUGUUACCUCCUCCUCUUAUCCCCGGUAUGACAAUGCUAAUGUUGAAUGAUUAAAAAAAAAGAAAAGAAACAGUUACACCUCUUAACAGUAUCUCUGUUUGCAUGUCUCAGUGGUAACUCCCAGAGACAGUCGACCCGUGAGGCUUUUUUUCUGUGUAGACCUCAUGCUGCUUUGAAAGACAGGCUGCCAGCACUCUGAGCAUGUGGGCUCAUCAAAACCGCCCUGACAAGAUGACUGACAGCUCUUUUAUUCAUCCCUCCCCAUCAAUCCCUUCACAGAUUUGAGGAAUCAGCCUUACAGGCGAGCGGACGCUGUGCGGAGGAGUGUCAGGAGACGCUUUGAUGAUCAGAACCUGCGGCCGGUGAACAACGGCGAAGUGGUCAUGUGACGAGGGGGACAGUGCAUGUGCUGGGAGGGGAGAAGAUGGUGAGGAUGUGUGUGACGUCAAGAGAGGGAGGGACGGGAGGUCGGAUGCAGUUUGAAGGAUGGAUAAGUGAAAGAUGACGAGUUGUAGCAACCAUAGAGACGAGUAUGUAUAUAUAUUACAUAAGAAUACACGUUAUUCCAUGUCUGUGGUAUCGUAGCUUUUCAUGAAGGACUGAGACAUGUGUGGGACUGGAUUUAAAGUGUCGGAAAGGUUGAUUCACAAACCUUAGACAAGCCAAGUGCCUGAACUUAUUUUUGUGGGCUAAUGUCUUCUGUUUGUCUGAUUUUUUUUUUUUUUAAUACUCCCCCACUUCGAGCAAUACAACUUGACCUGGCUUUAAUAUGUGUGUACAAGUGGACUUGCUGUGGCCUUAAGAGCCACGUGAAGAGACGCUUCCUCGGAAACAGAAUGUAGAAUGUAUACGGGACGUUUGCCCUGUAGCUGUUACAAAUAUUACAUCUCUUAGUAUCUUGGUACAUUCCGGUGCUCCUUUUCCAUUCCUCAUACAGACGCGUGCUCGCCCUGCACUUUCUUUUUUAACAUCUCGAGGCUUCAAAACUUUGACUUAAAAGGGCUGAUGAGCAGGCUUGAAGAUGGUGAUGAGAAAAUCACUGAACUCAAUAUUUGUACAAAAGUGUGUACAACCCCUAUUCCAAAAAAUUUUGGUCCCUCCCAAAUUUUUUGGGAAAUGUUGCGGGCAGCAAAAGUCAAUAUUAGUUUGAACAUCAAAGGCCCUAUUUAAUGCUAAUUUUCAUAUCAUGUUUUUAUUUUGGGUGUCUACUGGAAAAUCUUUACUUUUUAAUUAACACAUUUUUCUCAUACCCCCCCUGGUUUUACAAUUCUCCCUUAUUUCCCCUGUUGUUUGACAUUUCUUCUCAGUUUUUCCCCUUUUUAACUAUCAUUACCAGUUCCUGUCACUUUACAGCGUGUACUCUGCUGUAUUGUUACGCCUCAUCGUCCAGAGAGAGAGAGACAGACAGACAGAGAAAUGGACAGGAGAAGAAAUACUGGAACACAUUUCAGAUGCCCUGGAGAUAAGAAUUCUAGAUUCAUGUGUACAGUUUAAAAGGAAAGUCUGCCAAGUCAGUUUUUCUGUUGAUCACACUGGUCGCACUGCGUCAUUCCCCAUCAGAAGUCUGACAAACAGGGCAGUGGGCUUCGUAAGGGCUGAGGCAAAAAAAUUAAAGAAUGAAUGAAAAGUGAUAUAUAUAUUACUUUAUGCUACAGAUGUAUGCAAGUUUACACUAGAAAGUGAAUUAUUCUAAAAGUAAAAAUAAAGAGUAAAAUUAACAUAAAAUGCAGUAUUUUGUCAUUGUCAUGCUUUAAAAAUCAUGCAGGAAAAACGUCCUUGAACCUCAAGUAUUUGGGGGGUGGGAGCCUCAGAACCGCACUUCGGUUUUGAAAUUCUCCCUAGUUUUAUAUUCUCAAGGUUGGCUGGUAAGUUUCUGUUCACCCUCCAUCUGAACUCUCCUGUCUCUUUCAGCGCCCCCCCGCCCCCACAAAGCCCAAUCUGCUCUGAUUGGUCAGCUUUCACAGGCCCGAGCAGUGACUGUCCCGCUGUGUUUCCACAUUAGCUCUGACGCUGGUUUUUGCAACCACAACAUUCAUACAGCACUUAGACCUGCUCUAUAACCAAAAGGACAUGGAGGUGUAACUCUACAAUAUGGGACCUUUUUAAAUAUGGCGUCCUGGCACUGUACUCACGUGAAAAUAGGUCAAAAAUGGUUUGUAAACCAUUGCUUUCGAUUAUUAUUUACAUGUUACAAGGUCUCAGCUUUUUUUGGAGUAUGGGUUGUAUAAGGAUGAUGAAGAACACAUGAAAUAAAAAAUAAAAAAUUAAAACAGUAAUUCAAGUCUGGGCUAAUGUGAAUGUUAGAUGUGAGGCCUCUCCAUGCUGAAGUUGUUAACAGCUCAAGCCUGAAUUUGUAGCUCUUAAUCCACAGAAGUAGGCCGCCUGCUAACUUAAGUCUACCGUCCAUUUGGAAUUGUUGCAUUUCUGUAGCAGCACAUCAUUUUGUUUGGUUUGUGGGAACAAAUAACGAGAAUAAAUUAACUUGUAAAGCAACGUAAAAGAUGUUUUCCUACCAAGCUGCAUGAACCUUACUGGAUGAUCUCAUCGUCAUAACUGGAUAUACCUUCUGCAUUUCAUCUCUGUCAAAAGUUUUUUACAGAUUAAUUAUAUCCAAGGCUACUGUGUCUACUCACUUUAUUGUAAUUUUAAUGUAUAGUAUUUAACCACUGAAAGGAUUCCUUUAAGCUCAUCAUCAUCAUUUAAACGUGUCCACGGUCAUUAAAAAACAAAUUCACAACACACAAAAAAAGUUUCCUAAAUGUACAGAUAUUUUGUUACAACUUUUUUUUUUUUUUUACUUUAUUCACAUCACCAGAUGGUUAUUAUUGUACAUAUUGUUUAAACAAAAGUUUCCAUUGCCUUGUGCUAUACAACUUGAAUGUUAUUUUAACUUAUAGUUUUUUGUUUCCAUUUUUUGUAUAUUUAAUUAAGCCAAAUGAAUCUACAGUAGUGUGUUAAAUCAUCGUGUCUCAUGCAGGAGGCAGCGGAUCACUGAACUUGCUCGCGGGUGUGUCACAGGGGCGUCAAAGCCAGCUGAGAAAAAAACAUGUUCUGAUGUGCAAGUGUUGGUGCAUUUGAACAGAUUUAAACUCUUGAAUCAAACACCGGUCUCCACUGGUUGGCCUGUGAUCAGCUGGUUUUGUGUCCUUGUCACACACCCUCCUGUGAUUAUCUCCACUGAAGCACAUGCUGCCGUUCAUCUCUUUUUUUCUCAACUUCACUGUUUGUAAUAGUGACUCUAUCUCUAACUGGAUAAUACUGGCAUGUUUUGUUUUGUUUUGUUUUGUUUUUUUUUUUACUUUCACCAGAAAUGUAUUUUAGGCAGUUUGUGCUGAUUACAAAAUAACAAGCUUUUUUAAAAAUUAGGUGAUAUGAGAUUUUCAACAAAUAUGAUCAAAUAAACUAUUUACAUUGAAUAUAAAAAAA